AACAGAAUACAUUGGACCUCCUCAGACCGCCGUCCACGUUACACUCUCAGCUGACACCACACUGACACCCCACUACCUGAGGAGCAUAUCAACAGAACCCUCAGAACCUCAGUCUGCGUCUGGGGGGAGAGCCAUGAAGCGCAGAGCCCUGAUUGGUCUGUUCGGACACGAGAACCCGGCCAUGGAGCUGGAGCUGACCAAUGAGGUCAGACACCAGUCAGAGUGGCCUGGUGGGGGGGGGUCCCCAGGGCCCCAGUGCCCUGGUGGUUCCAGGGGGUCCGGGCCGGACACAGCAGCCAGCCAGUGGGCCAGUUACAACUGUAGCCGCCGGCCACAGACAGCCAAUCAGAGGACUGCAAAACAAAGCACAGGCACGGCAGCAGACAGUAAAUACCGAGGCCUGGUGGAGGAUGAGGAUGAGGAUGAAGAUGGCUAUGACCUCACAGAUGCAGGCGGUAAAAGACAGGUGCCCAAAAGAAAGCUCCUGGACUAUUUCAGAAGCCUCGCAGCGAGCAACCAAGACACCGACCAGGUGGAUCUGCAGUAUGUGUCUGACAUCCUCUUAAAGGGCGCUGAACCCAACGCUCACGAUAGAUAUGGACAGACAGUAUUACAUGAGGUGUCCCGGGCCUGGGGGGUGGAUGUGAUGCGGUUCCUGCUGGAAUGGGGGGCGGACCCCCACAGGGCGGACGGCUUCGGGGUGACGCCCCUCCACGUGGCCGCGGCCCUGGACUACCCCCAGAUGACCCGCUUCCUGCUGGACAGGAAGGUGGACAUGGAGGCGCGGACACAGCAGGCCCAGACGCCGCUGCACUACGCGGCCAAGAGUGGCGCAGCGGGGUGCGUGCGGCUGCUGGUCGCCGCGGGGGCGGAGCUCAGCAGCCGGGACUACAGAGACAGAACGCCGCUGCAGCUAGCCGCCGUCAUGGAUCGUAGCGAGGCGGCUCAUGCUCUCCUGGAGUUGGGGGCGGAUGCUGGGGUGAAGGACUCUGACGGACAGCUCUGUAUCACGGCUAUGAUUGGCCGAAUGCCUGCUGUGGCCCGCAGGGCUCUGGGUCAGUUCCACCAGAAGGACCGCAUGACCCGCAAACAGUUCUACUACCUCAACCUGCUGGAACUCCGGACCCCCAGCCCCACCGACCCAGAGCAGCCCUCCAGUGAGCCCCGGUCUCCACUGGAGCUGAUCGUGAGCAAAGGCUGUCUGGAGCUCAUCACGCACCCGGUCGUCCUCAAACUGAUCCAGACCAAGUGGAACCUCUACGGGAGGCUAGGGGCGUGGCUGCUCCUCAUCCUAAACAUUCUGUUUAUCGUUGCCUGGACGACCGUGGCCAUCUCCAUCUCUGACACGCCCAAGCCCUACAUACUGCCUCAGGACUGGUGGAGAGUGCUGCUCCUGGUGGUAGCUCUGCUCCUGCUGGCGGAGGAGGUGCUGAGGGAGGUGAAGGAGAUCCUCAUCUCCAGGAGGAGGCUGCUCCUCUGGAAGACCUGGGCCCAGGGCCACAUCUCCUCCGACCUGCUCCUCUCCCACCCCAUGUGGCCCGAGGAGAGAAGUUUCCUCCAGGAACAGAUCAGACAGAUCCACCAGAUCAAGUGGGCCUACUUCCAGGAUCUCUGGAACAUCUUUGAUUGGCUGGUGUACAUCCUGCUGGCGGGGGCGGUGGGCAUCCACCUGGCCGACGUCAUCCUGGGCUCCGCCCCCUUCCACAGCUCCAGUGUCCGCCUCUUCGCAGUCACCAUCAUCUUCCUCUGGCUGCGCGUCCUCAAGCAUGUCCGAGCAUUCAAAGUGAUGGGCCCCUUCAUCGUGAUGCUGGGGGAGGUGGUGGGCGACGUGAUGCGUUUCCUCUUCCUGUACGUGGAGAUCUUCAUCCCGUACGCCUGCGCCUUCUGGAUCAUCUUCGGAGGGCAGGACGCGGUGCCUAGCAUGCGGACCUUCUCUACGCUGCUCUACAGCCUGUACCGCAUGACGCUGAUGGACGAGUACCAGUUCGACGCCAUGGUUACGGUGGACUCCACCAUGGCCCACCUGCUGUGUGGAACCUUCCUCUUCCUGUCCUCCAUCCUCUGCAUGAACCUGCUCAUCGCCCUGCUGUCUGACACCUUCCAGAGGGUGUAUGACAACGCCCAGGCCAACGCGGUCAUGCAGCAGGCGGCCAUCAUCCUGCAGGUGGAGGACACCAUCCCCUUCCUGCGCCGUUUCUAUGACCACCGUCACAUCCAGGUCCACUGUGCGCCGCUGGCGGAGUGCUACGACCACGACCUCAACACCGACGCCGUCCAGCACCAGCAGAUGACCAGCCUCGCCUCCACCUUCAAGGAGAGCCUGGAUGAGUUCCUGGAGAUCCAGAAAACGAAUAGCGACACUCCAGAGCAGAACCAAAGGCAGACAAGGAACCAGAGGCAUACCGGUCAGACCCAGGAGACCCAGCAGAACCAGAAGCAGACCCAUCAGAACCAGAAGCAAACACAGCAGAACCCCAGUAGCAGCAGGAGGUCCAGUGGUUCCUCUCAGGACCAGCCCGGGGAGACGGUCCUCGCUCGGCUCCAGGAGUCCCAGACCCAGCAGAACCAGGAGCUGCAGUCCGUCAGGGCCCAGCUGAACGAGAUCCGGGCCCUCCUGGACCACCUGGUCCGGACCGGAGCCGGUCCAGGUGGAUUGGAGGAACCAGGCACGGAUGAUGUCACUGCUACACCUGUACUCAUUCCAUCCUCAUCAUCCUCGUAAUCCAAUGUGGAGAGUGCUUGAGUGACUGGAAUCAAUAGCAGACCUGGAGCUGAAAGAUGUGUCCUGUUCUGUGUUCUGUCGGUUUAGAAUCCUGGGGGUAGUUCUGGAGGUCAACAUCAGGAGAACCACAUUCUGUGAUGGGAGAGGGGCCUCUAACACACGUAGACUUUACCUCUAACACAGGUAGACUCUACCUCUAACACAGGUAGAUUUACACAGGUAGACUCUACCUCUAACACAGGUAGACUUACACAUGUAGAACUUACCUCUAACGCAGGUAGAUUUACACAGGUAGACGUUUACCUCUAACACAGGUAGACUCUGCCUCUAACACAGGUAGACUUAAACUCUAACACAGGUAGACUUACACAGGUUGAAUGUAUCUCUAACAGGUAGAAUGUGUGCAUGACAGGUGGAAUGUGUCUAUAACACCGGGUCUAUCCCUGAGGACUAAACAAGGACUGCACCAGAGCCAGGACUUCAUCAAUCCACAUUAUUUAUGCUUGAUAACAGUUUCAAUCCUUUGCGCAGCGAGAAAUAUAUUUACCAAAAAAUAUUUUGAUGCAUACAUUAAAUGAUUGAAAGACGUAUAAUUCCGAUGCUUGUAUUUUUUUGUG